AUGUGGCUUAGGUGGAAGGCAAAAGGGUGCAUCCUUAGCGGUGGUUAUGUGGUGAGUGUUUUAUUGUUAGUGCAAUGUCUACGAGCAGCUAUUGCGACAACACGUUCCCAGUGGGAGAAAAAUAAUGGCCACUUAUUGCUCUUUGAUUUAGAUCCUGCAGCAACAGAAGUGGUACGUGGAGCUUUUGCUUUGGCAUGCCUAAUCAUCCAUUUCACGGAGCAAGAUGUACUGGUAUUGUUUAGUCACAUAGAAGCCAAUGAACUUUUUAUAUACAAGCAGGACAAUGAAUUGCAUAGCUUUGUUCGCUACAACAACCUCAUCUCGAAAAGAAAAAUUUUGGAAACGAAGCGGUGGGAAAGGAGAAGAAAGUAA